AUGUCGUCAAUUGAAAGUGGCAUAGAAGCUUCUAAUUCAUCUAAUCUACAAAAUAAGUCAUCUGGGAAACAGAAUAGGCGUAAGAAUUUCAGAAAAUUACAGGGACCACAAACUAGAGCAGGAACCAUAAGUGAAACAUCCAAAACAUCUCUUGGCAAUCAUAACGAAGAAGAUGAUAGCGAACUGUGUUUAAUUUGUGCAGAACCAUUAGAGUUUAUAUCGUUAUCCUCAUGUCACCAUAAAACAUGUUAUAAAUGUUCAUUUAGACAAAGAGCUUUAUAUGACAAGAAAUCGUGUCUGAUUUGUAGAACUGAUAAUGAUGUUAUGAAAUUCACUGAUAAUUUGGAUAAGAAGUAUGAGGACUUAGAUAAGUGUUUUAAAAUUAAUGAAAAAUAUGGAGUGGCUUUUGAAAAUGAGAAAACACAUGAUAUUACUAUGAAUUUAUUAAAGUUCAGCUGCCAACUUUGUGACAAAGAUGACAGUGGUUCUAGUACUCCUUCAGUAGAUUAUGGUUCAUAUAAGAAACUAAAUGACCAUUUACGUAAUAUACAUAAAAAGUACUUCUGUAUGAUUUGUGCAAAAAAUAACCAUUCAUUUCCAUCCGAGUUGCCAAUAUAUACACAAAAUCAAUUGAAGAACCAUCAAGUUAGAGGUGACAACAAAGCAAAUAAUUCUGGCUUUGUAGGCCAUCCUUUAUGUGCAUUCUGUAAGGAUAAGAGAUUUUAUUCGGAUGACGAAUUAUAUGCUCAUAUGAGAAAUAAUCACGAAAGAUGUCAUAUUUGUGAUAAGUUAAAGCCAAAUGAGCCGCAAUAUUUCAAAGAUUAUAACCAAUUAUUUCAACAUUUCAAAAAUUCUCAUUAUAUUUGUACAAUCCAAUCUUGUUUGGACAAUAAAUUUGUUGUAUUUGGAGAUGAAUUAGAACUACAAGCACAUAUUUUACAAGAACAUGGUGAUAUUGUUAAAGGAAAACCAAAAUUGUUCCAAUCAGAAUUAUCAACCUUUAUAGCAACACCAGCAAGAGUAAUUAGAGAUCAAAGAGUGUUUGAUGACGAUUUAACCGGCCAGAGCAAUUCUUUAAGAAACAUGCCAGACGAAUCGCCUGAGCUGAGUCGUGCCAGAUUAGAAGAAAGAGCCAAACACUACUUAGGCAAUGAUUUAUCGAAAUUUGCAACAUUUACAAAUAUCAAUGAAAAAUAUGAGAAGAAAAAAAUAAAUUCAAAUGACGUUUUAACAUCUUAUACUUCAUUAUUUACAGAAAAGGAAGCUGAUGUUUAUUUACUGAUCAAUAAUUUAGCCAGUACUUUUCCUAAAAAUUCAACAAAAUAUAAAGAACUGAAUGCAAUAUAUGAUGCUCAUGAACAGAAAUUAGCUAGAGAUUCGUUGCCAUCAUUAUCAAGUGACCCAAGUUUACACACAGUUGGGAGCGCAAUUUGGAGAGGAUCCUCAGGGGCUACUGUAAGUUCAGGAGGAUCAAGAAAUUUGAAUACUUCUAGCCUACCAACGUUACAAUUACGUCCUGCUUCAUUUGAUGUUUUCGGCCAACAGAAUAAGCAAGUUAAAUCAUAUAAAACUCUAACAAAACCAUCAAAGACAAGUAGACCAGUAGUACGAUCCGCUGCUCAGACCUCUGCUGCUCAAUCUGAAUAUAAGCCAACAUAUUUGAAUAAAAAUAUACCUGACCAGCAAUCAUCACAGCAAUCUCUUUCUUCAUUAACAAGUUCAAAGUCAAAUGUUUCUUUGACAAGCAAUCGUGUUGUAUUGGGUAAGGGCAAAUCUAAAUUAGCAGCAAUGAGUCUUGAGUCUCUGCCAACUCCCAAACCAAGAGUUCAUAUACCUCCUGUGCGUGAGAUUAAAUUGCCUGAUUCUAAAAACUGGGGUAAAUCUAAUGGUCGAUCCAACGACAUACCAGAUGAUGACUUAUCAAAUUUAAUGAUAGAUAACUCAAAUAAUAAAGGUAAGAAGAAGGGUAAACAAAAGCAAUUGUUGUUCCAUAUUGGUAUUUGA